AUGUUCAAAGUUUCGCAACACCUUCGACCACUUGUUUUGGUGGAUUUCGAUCAAACCAUCACAAUCAAGGAUACAAUCGAGCUUCUUGCCAAGACUGCAUUGAGUCUUACCCAGAGUAAUCUUACCUGGGACUAUUUUGUGGAUGCCUACAUGAGAGAUUAUGACCAAGUUAUUCGUCAGAAUUUUAUGGAUCCGAUUGUCAAGGAACGUGCACUUGUCAAAGCAGAGCAAGAUUCGUUAACCAGAGUCACAAAAAACAACGUGUUUAAAGGUUUAAAGCGACAGGAUCUAUUGGAUGCUGGCCGACGGGAAGCAACAAAAUCUCUCCGUCCAGGUGUCAUUGAUGCUCUCAAACAGAUCUCACCAUCUGAUCAGCUACACAUAGUGUCACUCAAUUGGUCUAAAGACUGGAUUCUUGGAUUUCUGGAUCCACUUGGAUUGUCCCAAGCCCAAAUACAUUGUAAUGAUCUUGUAUAUGGUGGGGAUGGUAUUUCGACAGGUGUUAUUGAACAAAAUAUCCUUACAACACAAGAUAAGAAGAGAGAAAUGGAUCAAAUCAUCAGCUCAUCACAGCAAACGUCUACUGUGUACAUUGGUGACUCUCUAGGCGAUCUUCUACCACUAAGUAAGUUGGUUACGAUAUCGAUUAUGUAA